AUGGAAAAUGGACCAGAUCCAGCAAGAAUUGACAACUUAGUCAGAGUCAGCGCUCCAAAGAAUGCCAGCGAAGUACGUAGUUUUUGUGUUUGGCGAACACGUGUCGUGAGUAUGUUCCAGAGUACGCCGUAAUUACUACACCAUUGCGGGAUCUCACCAAGGAAAGUGUUGCUUUCACUUGGAACCACACCCACCAAAGAGCCUUUGAGCAGAUUAAAAAGAAACUGGCACACGCCCCUACCAUUGCAUACUUUGAUACCGAGAAGAGAAGCUUGCUUAUUGUUGAUGGAUCCCCUCUCGGAAUUUGUGCUAUUUUAGCACAACGUGAGAAGUCAGGAGAGUCCUAUCGCAUUAUCUCCUACGCCAGCAGAGCCCUGUCUCCAGUCGAAAGUCGAUAUUCACCGACUGAUAUCGAAGGGUCGAGCCUAGUGUGGAGGAAAGAACAUUUCCGACUGUUCCUUCUGAGUACUGAAUUCGAUGUUUAUACUGACCACAAAGCUCUGGAAGCAAUCUUCAAUAAUCCAAGAUCAAAACCCCCAGCUCGUAUUGAACGCUGGAUGCUACGACUGCAACCGUAUAACUUCCGUGUGAUUUACAAGAAAGGAACAGUUAAUGAAGCCGAUUACCUGAGUCGUCAUCCUACCACCACUCAACGAAAAACCACAAUCGAAGAAAAGAUUGCAGAUAAUUAUGUGAACUACAUCAUUAACAAUGCUGUACCUAAGUCAAUGACACUUCAAGAAAUCAAGGAAGCCACCUUUUCAGUGAAGCCGUUAGGAAAAGUGAUAAAAACUUCCAUGUUAGAGGGACGAAUUGGAGACAAGAACUUCAAAGAUUUCUAUUAAAUUACCGCUCAACACCGCAUGCCACUACAAAGAUACCUCCAUGUCAACUACUAUUUAACCGAAAGGUGCAUGGAAGUUUACCCGGGCUGUCAACACAAAAGGUCGUAAAGAAGCACCAAAAGGCCAAGAAAAACAUUGAUAAGAAGAAGAUCAGUAAUAAGCAGUACUACGAUGCCAAGAAAAACACCAAGACAUCCAAGAUCAAGGAAGGGAACAUUGUUAUUUGUAAACAGAAAUCAAACAACAAGUUAUCUCCAAGAUUCAAUCCCGAGCGAUUUACGAUCGUGGAGAGGAAAGGCGCAACAGCUACGGCGCUAAAUGGCAGACGUACCAUCACACGUAAUGUGACUCAUUUCAAGUAG